UUUCCAGGUUGGCGACUGGUACCAUAUCAGUAUAAAUAAAAGUUGGGGGAAUGUAUAAUACUACUGUAGUCCCAAUGAUUUCCAUCCUCCUUGAAAUAGUGGGAUUUGUAAUCAGUAUUUGCCUUGUAAUCAUUUUCUUAUAUCUCUUUUGCUGUAAGCGCUUUUUUCUGUAAGUGAUGGUGAGGCAACGACAGGCAGCCAAUAAUGCCAGUCAGAAGGUCCGGACCCAGAAAAUUAAUAUGGCCUUUAUAACCCUCCGCACCCUCAUUCCCCUCAAACCCGUCUCCAAGAUUGAGACACUGCGUCUGGCUUCUAGCUAUAUCGCCCACUUGAUCAAUGUCCUGCUGUUAGGCGAGGACAGUGAGGAGGGACAACCCUGCCUCAACACUCUCUGCAACACCAGGGGCGAUAACCAGAGGAAGAAGUGGGCAGCCGGCAGAAGUCUGAACCAGAAGGAGAUUCUCAAUCCUCCCAGGAAACUCGAUGUGAGACCAUGUUAGAAGAAUUCAACAGAAGCAUGAGAACUUAAUGAAAAAGACAACAGAAAAAUUAUAAAAUAAAAGAGGGGGGAUU